AUGUCAUUUAUUCGAUAUCGAUGCAAAUCUGAAAAGGAUUUCAAACUGUUUCCAUGUGAUGAAAUGAGUUGUUCUCUAGGUAAUUUAAAGCGAUUCCUCAUGGGCAAAUCAUCGAAAUUAGCAUCACGUCGUUCGAAAGAUGAGAUUGAUUUUAUUGUCACUAAUGCAUCGACUAAUGAAGAUGAUGAUGCAAAGCUGAGUCCGAUUCGCUCUGCCCAUCCUGGAGCUCGUCCAUCACAUAUAGUAUCCCGCUCUUCACCGUAUCAACUUUCAUAUGGUCAUGUUCGUCGACGAUCCAUACAUAAAACAGCAGCAGGUAUUUCAUGUGAUAAUCUCAUUGCAAUCCCGCGAGAGAUCCCCGGAGCGCUACAAGACAAAAGUGGUGCUGUUUUAUUAUUCCAAGACAAAUGGCGUAAGUAAGAUGCUAUUGGUGUUGAAUGAGCAAUGAUUCCAUUGGCUUUUUUACUUUAUAGAGAGCUGAUUGUAGAAACAAGCAGAAAACGAUAAAAGUGGAAAGUUGCUGAUUUCAAUUAAACAAUUCAAAAACUCAAACAAAUAUGAAUACGUUAAAAAAAUCUCAAAAAUAAGGAUGUGGGUGAAAGAAGACAUAUUCCAACGCCAUCUACUUCGCAGUGCAAUGUUCAGAAUCAAACAAAAAGAAAAACAAAUUGUUUUAUAUAUCCUUCAUGUAACCUUAGUAUUGAAAAUGAACUUUUGAAACAAGUUCAAAGCUUGAAUGUAUAUUUUUUGUUUAAAAUAAAUAAAUAAUUGAUGCACUACUUCAUCUUGAAAAUAAAAUCUUUUUGACAUUCAGAUAUUGAUUUAUAUAAGGAUGGGUGUGGGUAUCUGUUGAUGACUCUAUCUUUUGAGUCGGACAUCGGCAUCCACACCCUAAAUAAUGAUCUGAAGUUGCGAUCACCGUCAAUUUGUUUGACGAUUCUUCGAUUAAGAUAUGCGACGGAUUGCUUGGGUGUGGGUGUCAGUGUCCGACUUAGAAGAUAGGGCUAUCAACAGAUGUCCGCAUUCCACACCCUCCCACAUGCACACCCACACCCAAUAUCUACAACAGCUUUUCUUCUAGUCUAUCAUUAUUUAACUAGU